AUGAAGAAAGCUGAUAGCACUACCACGUCAUUGCCGUAUAAAUCAUCACCAGAAGCGAAAGUAAAGAGAGAAGAUGAACAAACAGCAAAAACGGUAUUAUCAGAAGUAAGCAUAAAUAUGGAAAGUCCUUGUGGAAGCUUAGCUGUUCGAAAGAGUGAUGUCCAAAACGAGGGAAUCGAUAACGUGAUCAAAAAACCAGAAAAAUCAAAUGAACAAGAAAAUAUUUGUACUACAAUGAAAAUACCGGAAGUUGAAUUAUGUAACAUUCAUAUUGAUCAAAGUAAGUCGUGUGACGUUACACCGAUACGAAGAAGAACGGAUAUGGAAGGGUAUCUUCGAGAUGACAGGAAAGAUUUAUUGAGUGAAACGAGAAAAUCAACCGAUAUUGAUCGUUCUUCACAAAAAACAAAAAAGAAAAAAGCUUUUGAAGAAAACGCAAAACAUACUGCUCAAAGAGAAAACGAUUGUCAAGGUUGCAAAAUCGCAGAACGUGAGUUAAAGAUUCUUGCAGCACAGUUGAAAGAAUUAGAAAGGGAAGUGAAAUCAAAAUUGAAAAUAAAAACAUCUGGUCCUGAAAUUUUCUCGAAAAAGGAAGAAUUGAAAAAAAAGAUUGAAGAGCUUGAAAAUGAAAUAGCAAUUCAGCGAAGUCAAUAUGAAAAGGAAUUGGAAAAAAAUUGCAGGGAAAAAGAACGAUUAAAAAUAGAAUUACUAAAAGUCGAGGAAAAAAUUAGUAUUUUGGAAAAAGAAACAGAAAGAAAGAAGAAGGAAUGUGAUCAAUACGUGUUCACCAUAGUGGACAUGCGAAAUAAUUUCAAAAAACGUCUUCGAGAGAAAGAAAAUGAUGUGAGACGUUGGACGGAAAUAAACGAAAAGAUAAAAGAACAAUUGUAUCAAUCGAGUAAAUCGAUGACACGACGUUAUGAAAUUAUGCUAAAGGAAUCAUGCGAGGAUAAUUUGAAGCUUUACAUUCACCUUCAGAAGGUUACAAAAAUUCUUGAAAGCAAAGAUUUUCAAACGUUGCAAUCAGAAAUAUUUCAUCAACAAUUGCGGAAAAAAAUGAGUGAAUUAUUGCAAAAAUUCAAAAAUGAAGUGAACAGUACGAAUUUCAAAUGGUUAAGUGAAGAAGAUGCACGUCGUGUUGUUGGUUAUUUUGAAGUAAUAGUAGAAACGAUUUUGCAUAAAAAGCCCUCAUUUCAUUUCUUUGUUGAUCGACUUACAGUUUUCAUCGAGGAAAAAAUUCUUAGUGAGCAAUCACAAUCGUGCGCAGGUGGUCGUAGUAUGAAAGAAUCGGUCAAAGGCCAAGAAUCGAAAACUUUCAAAAUGUUCAAGGAAAAAUUCCGGGAAAAGAUUCACUCAAUGUUGAAAGAGUUUAUGGAAAAACAGCAAAGAAAUCUAUCUGAAAAUAUGUCGACAAUAUUAAGUCACGUAGAAAAUGCUAAUCAAAGAAUUGAUUUAAUAAAUACGGAUUUAAUAAAUCAUGUUGAAAAUAUGAACGAUAUAAUUACUGCCAUUGAUAAUAAACAACGUCAUCUUCAAAAGAUUGAAGAAGUGUUGGAUUAUGGUAGUGCUUUGAUGAAGAAAUUUCUUGAUCGAAGGAAUAUUCCCACAUUGAAUUUUGAUGAAGAAAAGAGUAAACUGAGAGAAUCGUGUAUCUCUCUUACCGAUGGAUAUAUGAAGCUUAAAAAAAAGGUAGAAAAGCUGGAAAAGAUGCAAGAAGAACUUUCGUCAGCUUCCAAACAACGGAUGAAUCAAAGUAUGGGUGUACGUACUCCAAAUGAUGAAUGGCGUCAUAAAGUGACGCGAAGAUUCAGCUCUUCGCCAUAUGAAAGAAAACGUCAUCAUGAAGGAAUUACUCGUCGAAGAGCAACAGAAGGAAUGUGGAAAGAUAUGAGGAACGAAUGA